GUGUGAACCCUCCAGUGCUCCCCUGACCAGUUCCUCUGGCUGCCUAUAGAAAGAUGGCCCAACGCCUGUUCUUGAAGCGUGUUCUUGUUACGUCUGUGAAAAGCCUAAUAGCUCCAGCACCAUCUUUCUCCACUCUCCUCUCAAAUGGCGUAAGAUCACAUGGACUCAAGGCUUUGAGCUCCUCUCAAAUACAUCCCCACUGUAACUUGAGGCCUAUCUCCACCUCCACACCAUGCAGAGUCACGUUUAAUGUCCAGGAUGCAGAUGACUUCCAAGAACGCGUUGUUGGCAGUGAGACACCCGUGGUGGUGGAUUUCCAUGCACAGUGGUGUGGCCCAUGCAAAAUUCUAGCUCCCCGAUUGGAGAAGGUGGUUGCCAAGCAACAAGGCAAAGUUCUGAUGGCAAAAGUGGAUAUAGAUGAUCAUACAGACCUUGCACUUGAAUUUGAGGUCUCCGCUGUGCCCACAGUUCUGGCCAUAAAGAACGGUGAUGUUGUGGAUAAGUUUGUGGGGCUGAAGGAUGAAGAUCAGCUUGAAGCUUUUCUGAAGAAACUCAUUGGACCAUAGUCAGAGCCUCUCCGUCUUCACCCAAAACUGUGAUCCCAAGGCUGGCUACCUACCUGAAUUCAGCCUCUACAUUGUUACCUCUUGUUUGAAAUGAAUGCUUUGCAAUAUUUUAUGUACUGAGGGGGGAAGGAUAGGUUUGGUAAUUUCUAAAGUGUUCAUAGUUUUCGUGCUUACGUUAACAGCUCUUCUGCCCUAUCCCUCUCCCUCUUUAUACUUUCCUUUCUCCCAGUUACUGUGAAUACAUAGAUAUUUAAUAUAGGGGAAAUAAUGCCAAUAUGCCUUCCUGACAUUAGUUUUUAUGUGUUUGUUUUGUUUGACUUCUUGGCUUUCUAGGUACAAGUUACUUCUUGGAACUCAUUGGAAAUCAGUUUCUGUAUCCUAGUAAAGAAUGGGUCAGAAAAUAUUUAACUAAUGGUUGACUUUAUUCACAACCCCUAUCCAGUGUCAGGACACAAAUUUUGUGUCUGUCACCAAGGGGAAGAUGACAAGUGGUUUAAAGCUUUGGUGGAUACAGCCAUACAUUACCCGCCACUUGCUUUGCCACUCAGUGUGACUAACUUGUGAUCACUGCUCUGUCCCUAACUCUUCAGAGGCACUUUUUGCCUACUAUGCAGGAUUGUAAUGUUAUGUGACUGUGAAGCAGUGAGUACUUAGCCAAUAUAUUUCCUUUAUAUGCUUUUAACCUAAUAUUUCAAAAAUGGAUUUUGGUUCUAUUUUAGCUUAGUCUGAAUAUAAUUAGCAUAUUAUAUUCUCACACAGGGUAAGACUUACCAAAGUUAGGACUCCAGCAUAUGUUUUUGUCACUUUGAUUACACAAUGUGUCUGUUCAGAUAAAAGUACAACCAUCUGGCAUGUUCAGUUUAAAGGUAAUGUUAAAGGCCCAACAACACCAGGGAAUAAAAGUGAAGUAAUUCAUACUGA